AUGGGGACUGCCCAUUCCACCGAAGAUUCGCCACUUUUUGUGGCGGGCGUCACUGGAAUUUUACGCACAAAUGCGGAAUUAUUUAGACGGAAAAUAGCACCAGCCCCAAUUUGCUUUAGGUGCGGCGCUGCGAGGGAGUCAACCAUGCACGUGUUCCAAAUUUGCAGCGGAAUGGGUGCUAUCUGGCGAGCACCCCCAUUUCUCCUUUUGACAUUCGAUCCAGGCAUCUCAAUGUGGAAAUGGCUGGAACAUUUGCGCAAUAAGCUGAGCGAUGAGCUAUUUCUAUUGGCCGUGAUCAUAUGCUGGAAGGCGUGGGAGAUACGAAAUAGGGAGAUCCAUGACGAAGAUUGUCUUAAAACGGAAGAGCUAGUUACCUGGUGCAAUUUGUAUCUCUACAAAUUUCAACAGGCCCAAAUCCCAAGAUUACCGGCUACAGGCAGACAUUUUCAGACUCAAUGGAAUCCUCCUCCGGACGGUUUUAUUAAGAUCAACUUUGAUACGGCGGUUCCUCAAGGAGAGAGCUUUUACUCAGUUUCAAUGGUUGCGCGCGAUAGAGAAGGGGAGUGUCGUUGGUGGGUGGUUCGUCGAUAUCCAGGACAUCCUAGAGAGGUUGAUUGUGAGGCGCAUGCGGCCCUUGAAGCCAUCAACAUUGCCAAAACUCAAGGGUGGACCUCGAUCAUAUUGGAGGGCGAUUGUCUACAGGUUAUUCAAGCGUUAAACUCCGGCGAGCCUCUUUUGUCGUCGUUUGGUGCUUUUCUAGAAGAAGUUUUAUCGAUUGCUAAGAGUUUUGUUCGUUGUAAUUUUUGUUUUAUCAAGCGAAGUGGGAACCAAUUGGCACAUGACAUUGCCACUAAACUUGGUUCGGUUUGUAGAGAAGGUUUUUCCCUUCCGCAUGGUCUGGCUUGUGCCUAA